AUGGAGCCGUGCGUCCUCCCCGCGGGGGCGCGGCGCCGGCCGCGGGCGCAGGGCGCGCGGGGCAGCCCGGCCGUGCGGGCUCCCGGCUGCGCGGCGCUCUGCCUGCUGCUGCUGGCGCAGGUGGGUGUGCAGCAGGCACCUGCGUGCGCCGUGGGACCCGCAGCGGCCUCGCCGGGGAGCCCGAGCGUCCGGCGUCCUCCUGGCCCCGCGGAGUGGCCGGGCUGGGUGGAAAAGGGCGAGUAUGACCUGGUGUCUCCCUACGAGGUUGACCACAAUGGACACUAUGUGUCCCAUGAAGUCACUCACCCCCAGAGGCGGAAAAGGGCGCUGGCCCAGCUCCGAGCUGACUCUCUGCACCUCCGGCUGAAAGGCUUCAGGCACGACUUCCACCUGGAUCUGAAAACUUCCAGCAAGCUGGUGGCGCCUGGAUUUCUCGUACAGACUUUGGGGAAGCGGGGCGCUAAGUCGGCACAGACUUUCCCGCCUGAGGAUUUCUGUUUUUAUCAAGGUUCCUUACGAUCCCACGAAAAUUCCUCAGUGGCUCUUUCGACCUGCAAAGGUUUGGCAGGCAUGAUAAGAACCCAGGAAGCGGACUACUUCUUGAAGCCCCUCCCUUCGCACCUGGCAGGGGGCCUUGCCAAGGACUCUGCGGGGCGGGGGCCUCCCUCCCACAUCCUGUACAAAAGAUCCACCGCGCCUCGGGUUCCGGGGUCCCACCAGGUCGCGAUGAUGGAGAGAAAUCGGCGGCUGGAAAACCGCCACCUCUUCCACCACAAAGAUCAAGCCCCGCGCGGCAGCUUCCGCCUCAGGCACCCACAGAAUCUGCAUUUCUGCGGAAGACGCAAGAAAUACAUGCCCAAGCCUCCCAAGGAAGACCUUUUCAUCUUGCCUGAUGAGUAUAAGUCGUGCGUAAGGCACAAGCGAUCCCUUCUGAAGUCCCACAGGAACGAAGAACUGAACGUGGAGACAUUGGUGGUGGUUGACAAGAAGAUGAUGCAAAACCACGGCCAUGAAAACAUCACCACCUAUGUACUGACAGUACUCAACAUGGUGUCUGCUUUAUUCAAAGAUGGAACAAUAGGAGGAAACAUCAACAUUGCCAUUGUAGGUCUGAUUCUUCUGGAAGAAGAACAGCCAGGGCUGGUGAUAAGCCAUCAUGCGGACCGCACCUUGAGCAGCUUCUGCCAGUGGCAAUCUGGAUUGAUGGGGAAAGAUGGGACUCGCCAUGACCAUGCCAUCUUACUAACCGGCCUGGACAUAUGCUCCUGGAAGAAUGAGCCCUGUGAUACUCUGGGAUUUGCACCCAUAAGUGGAAUGUGUAGUAAAUAUCGCAGCUGUACGAUUAAUGAAGAUACAGGUCUUGGACUGGCUUUCACCAUCGCCCACGAGUCUGGACACAACUUCGGCAUGGUCCAUGAUGGAGAAGGGAAUGUGUGCAAAAAGUCUGAGGGCAACAUAAUGUCCCCUACGUUGGCAGGACGCAACGGGGUCUUCUCCUGGUCACCCUGCAGCCGCCAGUACCUGCACAGAUUUUUAAGCACUGCCCAAGCUACAUGCCUUGCUGAUCAGCCAAAGCCUGUGAGGGAAUACAAGUAUCCAGAGAAGCUGCCGGGAGAGUUGUACGAUGCAGACACACAGUGCAAGUGGCAGUUUGGAGAGAAAGCCAAGCUCUGCAUGCUGGAUUUUAAAAAGGAUAUCUGUAAAGCCCUGUGGUGCCACCGGAUCGGGAGGAAGUGUGAGACUAAAUUUAUGCCAGCGGCAGAAGGCACAACUUGUGGGCGUGACAGGUGGUGCCGCGGAGGGCAGUGUGUGAAAUAUGGUGACGAAGGCCCCAAGCCCACCCACGGCCACUGGUCAGACUGGUCUCCCUGGUCUCCUUGCUCCAGGACCUGCGGAGGAGGGGUGUCUCACAGGGACCGGCUCUGCACCAACCCCAGACCAUCGAAUGGAGGGAAGUUUUGUGCGGGCUCCACGCGAACUCUGAAGCUUUGCAACAGUCAGAAAUGUCCCCAUAACAGUGUCGACUUCCGCGCCCUGCAGUGUGCUGAGUACAAUAGCAAACCGUUCCGAGGCUGGUACUACAAGUGGAAGCCGUACACCCACGUAGAAGAUCAGGACUUAUGCAAACUCUACUGUAUCGCAGAAGGAUUUGAUUUCUUCUUUUCUUUGUCAAAUAAAGUCAAAGAUGGGACUCCAUGCUCGGAGGAUAGCCGUAAUGUUUGUAUAGAUGGGAUAUGUGAGAGAGUGGGAUGUGACGAUGUGCUGGGAUCCGAUGCUGUGGAAGACUCCUGCGGUGUGUGCCGGGGAAAUAACUCCAGCUGCACAACGCACAGGGGCCUCUAUGCCAAGCAGCACCGUGCCAACCAGUAUUACCAGAUGGUCAUUAUUCCUUCUGGAGCCCGGAGUAUUCGCAUCUAUGAAAUGAAUGUAUCUACCUCCUACAUUUCUGUGCGAAAUGCACUCAAAAAAUACUACCUGAAUGGACACUGGACAGUGGACUGGCCCGGCCGAUACAAGUUUUCAGGAACUGCCUUCGACUACAGACGGUCCUACAGGGAGCCCGAAAGCUUAACCUCCCCUGGGCCAACCAAUGAAACAUUGAUCGUGGAGCUUCUAUUUCAGGGAAAGAACCCGGGCGUUGCCUGGGAAUACUCUAUACCGCGGUUGGUGGGCGACAAGAAGCUCAGCACCCAGCCCAGCUACACGUGGGCCAGCAUCCGCUCCGAAUGCUCCGUCUCGUGUGGAGGGGGGCACAUGACCACCAGAGCCGGCUGCUACAGAGACCUGAGGUUCCCGGUGAACACGUCGUUCUGCAGCCCUGACACCCGGCCUGCCACAGGGGUCGUGCCUUGCAAAGUGUCCGCCUGUCCCCCCAGGUGGUCCGUGGGGAACUGGAGCGCCUGCAGCCGGACGUGCAGUGGAGGCACCCAGAGCCGGCCCGUACAGUGCACGCGGCGGGCACACUUCAAAUCGGAGCAGGUCUCCGCCAGCCUGUGUCCGCAGCCCGUGCCCGCCAGCCGACAGGCCUGCCAGCUUCAGAGCUGCCCACCCGCGUGGAGCGCCGGGCCCUGGGCGGAGUGCUCUCGAACCUGCGGGAAGGGGUGGAGGAAGAGGUCCGUGGCCUGUAAGAGCACCAACCCCUCGGCCAGGGCGCAGCUGCUGCCGGACGCUGUCUGCACCUCGGAGCCCAAGCCCAGGACUCAUGAGGCCUGUCUGCUCAGGCGCUGCCACAAGCACAAGAAGCUGCAGUGGCUUGUGUCCGCUUGGUCCCAGUGCUCUGUUACGUGUGAAAGAGGAACACAGAAGAGGUUCUUCAAAUGUGCCGAGAAGUACAGUUCUGGGAAGUACCGCGAGCUGGCCCCGAAGAAGUGCUUGCACCUACCGCAGCCCCACCUGGAGCUGGAGCGCAUCUGCGCCCCGUUCCCCUGCCCUAAGCACCCCCUGUUCACGGCUGCAGGCUCCCCACAGGCUGGCUGGUUUGCCUCGCCCUGGUCUCAGUGCACGGCCAGCUGUGGAGGCGGCAUGCAGACGAGGUCCGUGCGGUGCCUGGCGGGGCACCGGCCGGCCGUGGGCUGCUCGGCGCACCAGAAGCCCGCGGCCUCCCAGGCCUGCAACACCCGCUUCUGUCCCAUCGCACAGAAGAAAGACGCCUUCUGCGAGGACCGCUUCCACUGGUGCGCCCUGGUGCCCCAGCACGGGAUGUGCAGCCACCACUUCUACGGCCAGCAGUGCUGCCAGAUGUGCUCCGCGUCCAACCUGUGA